UUUAUGCUGCCUUUAUGUCCUUUUUGGAGCUUCAAAGUUCAGGUCAUCAUUCACUUGCAUUGGAUGGAACAACAGAGCUGAGAUAUUCUUCAAAAUAUCUUCAUUUGUGUUCAGUAGAAGUCACACAUCUGAGAUGGCAUACGGAUCUAACAAUGCGUGAAGCCUCCUUAUGGAAUAACCAGCGAUUCACCAGGAUUGCCAACCUCUGAAACAAGCUGAGAACCAGCGAGAAGCAUCACAUGAGAUGAGCUGAACUACUGGAUCCACCUAAUCUCAUCUGUGAAGAUUUAAACUCGCAGAAACUCCAUUCUCAGAGGAUGGCAUGAACAUAUCUUAUCAUUGCUUAUAUGCACGUUUUAUACAUGCAUUCCAAGAAUAAUGGAAGACGUGGACGUUUUUCACAGUUGCAUGCCCACCACCGUCAAAUGUAAGAUGUGGAGACUUUAUCAGUCGUGUCCAGCAGUCGUCACAUAAUGGCAUGUAGAGGCGCGUGCUGCUGUGGCUUUGGUCCUGUGAAUGAAGAUAAUGCCAGGUUUAUAAUGUUGCUACUCCUCAUCAUCCUUUAUCUCAUGUGUGGAGCCGCUGUCUUUUCAGCACUGGAACAUCCCAAGGAGAGACAAGCGAAGGAAAGAUGGGCUCAGAGGUUUGAGCUGUUCAGCCAAAAGCACAAUCUCAACAAAAGUGAUCUGGAGAAGUUUUUGAGACAUUACGAAGAGGCGAACAUGGCAGGGAUCCGGGUGGACAUCCUCAGACCUCGGUGGGAUUUUACAGGAGCGUUUUAUUUUGUCGGAACUGUCGUUUCCACAAUCGGGUUUGGAAUGACCACACCUGCCACAGCUGGUGGCAAAAUCUUCCUCAUCUUUUAUGGGCUCAUUGGCUGCGCAGCCACAAUUUUAUUUUUCAACCUCUUCUUGGAGAGAAUAAUAACCGUGUUGGCGGUUGUCCUCAAGUCCUGCCACGAAGUCAAACGUAGACGCAAAGGAGUUUUACCUCACAACAGCAGACACGACUCAAGCAACGUAAGGCUAAAUCGUGAAGACAGUCUUGCCGGAUGGAAACCAUCAGUGUAUUGUGUGAUGUUGAUCCUUUGUGUAGCAGCAAUAAUCAUUUCCUGUUGUGCUUCAGCCAUGUACUCCUCAAUAGAGGGAUGGGGAUACUUGGAUUCUCUCUACUUCUGCUUUGUGGCUUUUAGCACCAUUGGUUUUGGAGAUAUGGUCAGCAGUCAGCGGGCCAGCUACGAAAACCAGAUUGUCUACCGAAUUGGCAAUUUCUUCUUUAUUUUAAUGGGCGUUUGCUGCAUUUACUCACUAUUUAACGUAAUCUCCAUUGUCAUCAAGCAGGUGCUCAACUGGCUCCUGAAAAAGCUCGAGAUUCCUUGCCGUCAUUGCCCUGGGAGGUCUCUCCGACCUCGCAGGAAUGCAGUCAUGCCAGGCCAUCUCCGAACACGCGUUCGUAACAUAUCUAUAGAUACGGACGCAGUCAAUGAGAGUGAGACGGAUGGACGCAGGAUGUCUGGAGAGAUGAUAUCCAUGAGAGACUUCCUGGCGGCUAAUAAGGUCAACUUGGCGAUCAUGCAGAAACAGUUGUCCGAGACGGCCAAUGGCCAUCCUCGGCCAUGCGGGUCAACUAAUAGGCAGAAUGGAUUUUCUGGUGGGGUCGGAGCUCUGGGCAUAAUGAAUAACAGACUUGCAGAAACCAGUGUGGAUAGAUAAAUAUAACCUAUACAAACACACAAACCAACAAAAUGACUUUAUGAAAAGCCACAUUGCACUGUCCAUAGUUUAGCUAUGAGGGUGAACUCACGAAACACAUCCAGGUCAUAUUUGAUGCCAAUUUCAAAGAAAAAACAAGAAGUUAAGUUUUACUUGAUAAAAUGAAGCCUGUUUUUAGAAGAUUUUUUCAUUGUGUCUAUUUUUGAGACAAUUAAGCACAUUUUCCCCUCAAAUUCUCAUUACAGAAAUGCAAAACAAAUGAAACAAAAACAAAAAAAAUCUAAUUUUCAUUACUGUAUUGAAAAAAAUAAUGUAUAUAUAUAUAUAUAUAUAUACACUAUAUUGCCAAAAGUAUUCGCUCACCUGCCUUUAGACGCAUAUGAACUUAAGUGACAUCCCAUUCUUAAUCCAUAGGGUUUAAUAUGACGUCAGCCCACCCUUUGCAGCUACAACAGCUUCAACUCUUCUGGGAAGCCUUUCCGCAAGGUUUAGGAGUGUGUUUAUGGGAAUUUUUGACCAUUCUUCCAGAAGCGCAUUUGUGAGGUCAGACACUGAUGUUGGACGAGAAGGCCUGGCUCGCAGUCUUCGCUCUAAUUCAUCCCAAAGGUGCUCUAUCGGGUUGAGGUCAGGACCCAGUCAAGUUCUUCCACACCAAACUCGCUCAUCCAUGUCUUUAUGGACCUUGCUUUGUGCACUGGUGCGCAGUCAUGUUGGAACAGGAAGGGGCCAUCCCCAAACUGUUCCCACAAUGUUGGGAGCAUGGAAUUGUCCAAAAUCUCUUGGUAUGCUGAAGCAUUCAGAGUUCCUUUCACUGGAACUAAGGGGCCAAGCCCAGCUCCUGAAAAACAACCCCACACCAUAAUCCCCCCUCCACCAAACUUCACAGUUGGCAAAAUGCAGUCAGACAAGUACCGUUCUCCUGGCAACCGCCAAACCCAGACUCAUCCAUCAGAUUGCCAGAUGGAGAAGCGUGAUUCGUCACUCCAGAGUACGCAUCUCCACUGCUCUAGAGUCCAGUGGCGGCGUGCUUUACACCACUGCAUCCGACGCUUUGCAUUGCACUUGGUGAUGUAUGGCUUGGAUGCAGCUGCUCGGCCAUGGAAACCCAUUCCAUGAAGCUCUCUACGCACUGUUCUUGAGCUAAUCUGAAGGCCACAUGAACUUUGGAGGUCUGUAGCGAUUGACUCUGCAGAAAGUUGGCGACCUCUGCGCACUAUGCGCCUCAGCAUCCACUGACCCCGCUCUGUCAUUUUAUGUGGCCUACCACUUCGUGGCUGAGUUGCUGUCAUUCCCAAUCGCUUCCACUUUGUUAUAAUACCACUGACAGUUGACUAUGGAAUAUUUAGUAGCGAGGAAAUUUCAUGACUGGACUUGUUGCACAGGUGGCAUCCUAUCACAGUACCACGCUGGAAUUCACUGAGCUCCUGAGAGCGGCCCAUUCUUUCACAAAUGUUUGUAGAAGCAGUCUGCAUGCCUAGGUGCUUCAUUUUAUACACCUGUGGCCAUGGAAGUGAUUGGAACACCUGAAUUCAAUUAUUUGGAUGGGUGAGCGAAUACUUUUGGCAAUAUAGUGUGUAUAUAUAUAUAUAUAU